AUGAGCGAGCUUUCAGCAGACGAAAAGAGACGGCUUUUGCGUGAACGGAGACAGGCCAAAAUGGCCCAAGGAAAGGCCACCGAGCGCUUGUCCAAUAUAUUGAGCCAAGGCCUGUCGGUGAAUUCGGCCUCGGUCCAGUCGGUGCUCGAAAAGACGCCAGGCUCGGCGUCCCCAGAUGCCCUGAGCGACUCACCAAACACCAUUCGGAGUACACAGAACUCAGCCUCCCCGGCGUUUUCGCUGGGGGUGUCCCACCCAUCGCUGUCACAUGACGACCCGGAGGAAGCAGACAUGGAUGCUAUCAUGCAGAAGAUCUUUUCGGGUGCCGGCGCCAGCGACGCUAGGCCCGACGGCUCGGUGCCCGAAACAUCCCAGUUCUUUGCGGAAAUGAUGAAGACCAUGGGCCUGGACCCAGACGCCCUUCCGGAAAUGCCCGAAAACGCAUCGCACGCCACGCAAUUGGCCGUAUAUCACGAGUACCAGCAGAAGAGCGUGAAGGCGCGGUUCCUCGCCCUCCGGAUCAUCGUGCACACUGCCAACUUCCUCUACCACUUUCUCCAUUUUUCAGGGUUUGCUGCCUCUUCCCAUGCGUUCGUGAGAGACGUCAGGCCGCAAGCAGGCUCUUUCAUGUCCGUCUUCAUCUCGGCCGAAAUCUCCAUCAUCUCGGGCUACUACUUGGUCUUGUCGUCUAACGGUGUGCUCAGCGUGUCGUCAAGAAACCACCCGAUAUCGAAAAUGCUAUCCUUGGCCUCCGCCGUCUUCCCGCAGGCGUCCGCGUUGCAGCAGCUCCUCGACUCGGCGUUGAUAUACUGGGGAGGCGCCAGCAUAGUGAUCGGCGACCUCAUGCUCAUGGUGGUGUACAUUGGCCUCGCAAGCAUCCUCGGAGGCGUAUAA